AUGCAAAUAGAUAGAUCAGAUAAACCAGAUACAGCAAUAAAACUAUCAGACAAUAUGCAAAUAGAAGAAAUUUUUUUAAAUCAAGAAGAGACUAAAGAGGUUAAAGGGGGGAAAAAUGGUAAGAAAACAAAUAACAUCGAACAUAAGACAAGGGAAUUACAACAGUAG